AUGGGCAAUGAACAGCUGCCAUCACCUCUUACAGCCAACAUCUUGAAUGGUUUGGAAUCCCUUCAAUUUAUAUCCAUCUCAGACUAUCGCAUAUGCUGUCUUCUGAAAGAUGCUGUAAAUGCAAAGUGUAUCAAAACAUCUUCACCUGGCCCUAAUGAAAGUUGUGGUAAGCUCUUGCCUGGUCGUACAUUGACUAUACUAGCUUGGAUAUUAUCAUCCUCGGCUCUCACAGGAAACGCUGCCGUCAUCCUACUUCGCUUGAUAGACAACAAACUAAAGGUGGCUGAGGUGACCAACAGAUUCUUGAUCGGACAAGCCGUGGCAGACCUUUUUAUGGGUAUAUACAUGGUCUUGAUCACAUCCGCGGAUGUCCAAAAUGGCAAAGACCACUUCCUGAUUGCGGAUGUAUGGCCCAAGUCCGGUAGGUGUUCGAUCGCCAGGUUGAUUGGUUGGGUUGCUAACGAGGCGUCCGCUAUUACGAUAGUUCUGAGUACGAUCGAGAGAUUGAUUUGUACAGCCUCUCCUCGCGGAAGAGUAACGUUCAUAGCCUCUGGUCUCAUGCUCGCAAUGUGUUGGCUGUGGACAAUGGUGACUAGUGUCUUGAUCACGGUCAUUAGCGAGAACACUGACAAGAGAUUUGGACUGGCUCAGUUUUGUAUCCCUGUAUUCUUCCACUCUAAGCCCCAAGACACUGGCUCCCUCACCAUUACCAGGUCUUACAACGGAUCUGUUCUUGGGUCCUCUUACAAACUGGAGGAUACUGAUAUGCCUUAUGUCCCAAUAACUUCAACGGUCUACAUGCUUCUCGUUUGGAACCUUCUGUCAUCUCUCAUCACUGAUAUUUCUAAUGUAGUGAUGCUGGUAAGAAAAUGGCGGAGUAUCCAGUCAGGUAAUGCUGAAUCUGAUAUCGGUCUUGACAACAUACCAGGAACAUCACCAAGUACCAUAGCUGACCCAACACCAUGCAUUGCACCUCAAGACGAACAUGCUGAUGCUACUGAUCAAGAUACCAUAGAUUUUACCUUACCUGGUGCGAAAAGUGAUGACAAAGGCGAUACCAAUCAAGAUUCUGGUUCGUCUGUGGGUCUUACCUCACGCACCCCUUCAAAUUCACAGGCCAAACUCGAUUCCCAACUGGACUUUGACACUGCAACAGGUACAAAGCCUGCUACAAUACCUUCUCCCAGACUCCCCACAUUGCCCUCUGCCUCGGCUAACAACACACCGACUUCAGUAAUUGAUACACCCUUUGCAAUACCCCUCAUACCCAUUACAGCAUCUGACAACACAGAGAUUUCGGCAUCUGAAACACCCAUGACAGCAUCACCUACAACCGUAACAGCAUCGGUUCCAGGAUAUCCUAGAUCUGACGGUCCUGCUAGUAACUUAUCCUCACGUUCAUCGAUCCCUACCGCAGCCUCUACUUCCCCUGAUUUCAUUCUUGAUAGCCCAUCCAAAAGUGAACCAGGCCAUCCUUCCGAACCAUUUGCUGAUGACGUUCCCAAAGUAGAUGAACGACACCUCCUUCACAGGGCCACUUUCCGAAUUUCAUUCCUCAUUCUCAUGGACAUCUUUUCUUGGUUGCCUGUUCUCUUUGCUGGUUUUGGGUACCAAACGGGUGUUCCACCGACAUCGCUCUUUUCUUGGGCAGUCAUGUUUCUGAUCACAGUGAAGGCGGUUUUGAAUCCUUUUCUCUUCACGUUCCUUUUCUAUUUGGAGGACAGGAAGAAUGAGGGCAAUGCGUUGAUUGUUGCUUUGAGAAUGCCGAGAGACCCCAAUGCGAUCCCAAGCAUAGAAGUGGAUGAGGCUGAGGAGGAAGAACUUGGUGUAAUGGACCAAACUAUUGCUUUGACCUUCGGAAUCAUAUAAGGUGAUAUACCAUUAGGCCAAAAGAAACCAGUAUGUAUAGCCAAUGUAGGCCUACUGGUUGCUUACAAAGGUAAUGGCUUACUAAUUCCAUCAGUUAUACAGAUAUGCAUGUAUAUGGGGGGUCUACGUUUACACAAAAUUUCAUUUAAGGUUGGUGAAAUGGCACAAGGUCGAUCCGAAGUAAUGGAUGUACAUCGGAUUUCUUUAUUUUAUGUCGUAUCAUUUCAUCCAGAGGAUAUUUAUUAACACAUUGCCUCAUUUUGCUGUAUCGCGGGUCCAGUGUAGGAAGGUUAAUUGUGGAUUUGGAAUUGCUUUUGUUUGAUUAUGAUAUCUGCAUAGUUCAGUUAAAUCAGUGCCGUUUCUAUAGAAACUUUGUUCUUAUCCAUCACAUCAAUCACUGUCCUACUUAUUAAGUCAUCUCCAUUCCUUCUCUAUGCAGGUGUUCACUGAUUCCAUCUGACACCUGUUUUCACCUUCACUCUCCUAUUUCUCAUUGGCUCUUCUUAACGUAUUCCUGACAUUCCCUUUGGUUUGAUUGGUUGAUGUUUAUUUAAAGAUGUAAAUAUGCACUUUGUUAAUCUUCAGAGUUGAGCCGAACAAAGCAGCAAUGAGAUUAAAGUCAGUGCACUACUAGAUACGUUCAAAUUCAGUUCAGUUUGUUUGCCUUUUCUACUUUUACUUUUAUUUAUUUUUUGUUGAUUCUUGAUCAGGUAUUCGAGUUGCUUCUUUGAACUCUAUUUCUAUCCCUAUAUAAAGGCACUUAUUUUUAUAUUUUCAAAACCUUACACCAAUCAUUGAAUGUCUAUCUAGGGAGUUUUUCACUUGUUCUAUUUUAUUCGAUGAUUACCAUUGAAAAAAUGAUUGUCAGCCAAUCAAAUUCAAGGAAAGUUGUCCAAUCUGACAACUUGUCGGAUGAAAUUGUUGAUGAAACUCUCCCUUGAAUUAUCACAUUUCACCUCGGUCAACCUUUGAUGGAUGUAGGAAUAGCUUUUCAAAGUUGUAGUUUAUGUAUUUUAAGAGCUCUUAUGUUGUUAAUUUGUAUAUUAUCUUAGAUAUUAGGUGUUAUGUACUCGUAACUUCGGUUUAUAUUUUUGAAUGAAAACAUAGCGAUAAUUUCUCUUUACCCAGUUCCACUCUUUCUUUCUUUUCAAUUUAAUGCGAGAGUUCACU